AAAGCACUGUUAUUUCUGUUUUGGCUUCUUUCCUGCUUUCUCUCUCCCCUUUAUGGAAUACUCAGUUUCAGUUCCUCUUUGCCGUCCACUGCCUCUGUGAGAUCUCCGGCGGUAUUCCAUUUCCUCAGGAUGAUUUCAUAAAACAGUUCCCCGACUGAAGCAGUUAUUAUUACACCUUGUAAAAGUCCUGCCUUUUUUAUCCUCUUUUUUUUCUUUUCUAUGACACUACUUUGAGGUUAUCCCUGCAAGAAAACUGUCUACCAUUUUAUCCAAUAAAAUAAAAUAAAGGCAGAAAAUUUGGAUUUCUACCAACUCUGUCGCUGCGGCAUGGAGGGAAGGCAAAGAAGCUCAAUUCCACAAACAGAAGAUUUUCAGAUUGCCAAUUCAUGGUUUCCAACAACUCCAGCAAAACCAAGUUUGCCACCAAUCUGGGGGAAUAGGCAACAAAAUCAGCUAGCUCAAGAAAAUGGGUUGGAGUUGAAAAGAAUUUCACAAGGGCAAGGUCUAAGCCAAGUGAACCAGCCAGAAUUGAGGAGUUUCUUGCAAGAACCUGCAGGUCGACACGUGGCUGCAUGUCGUGGUUCAACAAAUUCAGCAACAGCAACGGAGUAUUUUGACACUUGGGAAGCAACACCAGGCACAAAAUCCAAAAUAUAUGGAGAUAACAAUAUGUAUAAUAACUUCUCUACUGAUGAUGUAGACAAAUGGAGCAAUGUGUCCUUCGGACAUCUCUUGGCACUAGCACAUGCUGCUGGAUCCACAGCCGCCGCUGAAAAUGCAGAAACUGAUUUUACCAUGAGCGGUUCUUUCAAUCCCCUUGUCAGUUCGCAGGAUGCAGAUGAAAGCUCUAUUUGCUCGAGAUUCCCUUAUAACCUGAAUUCACCAGCAGAUGAAGUCUUGAGAAGCAACAAUGCUAUCCAGUUUGAACCAAUAACACCAGACCAGAUCAAGAACAAAGGGGGGCGAGCAUCUGAUGAGUUAAAUCUAGAUAUUAACGAGACACCACUACUAAGCCACAUGCGGUCAUGUGAAGAUACAUUAAAGAGAGCACAAGCAAAUGAUCCUCAACAGAAGAAAGAGCAGUCAGGGCUGGUGUUGAACAUAUCAGAAUUGCAGGGGAGUCACAAGCCUGACAAGGCGGACGAACAGGAUGCUGAACAGAAUAAUACACCACAGCAGAAACAAAGAAGGAAGAAGCACCGGCCUAAAGUGGUAAUUGAAGGCCAGCCUAAAAGGACUCCUAAACCAAAAAAAAACCAGCAGCAUAGUUCAAAGGAAACAACAGGAGAAAAGAGGAAAUAUGUCCGAAGGAACAAGGUUGAGGAACUUCCAGGCACACCCUCAGACAAGGUAGACUGUAUGACUAGUCCCCAGAGCCAACUUCCUAGUUCCAGAGAAAUCCAAAGAGCAAAGAGGAGGUAUGUCAGAAGAAAUAAAGUUAACAAGCCCGCACCAAAUCCUGCUGAAGAUGAAACAAUUGAUCCACCAAAUAUUUCUCGUCCAAGAAGAUCCUGCAGGAGAUCAUUGAAUUUUGACUCAGAAAGCAGAUUAAGUGAUGAAAGCUCUUCACACUGGCCCUCCUCAACUGUGGAGGACUUGCAUGAGAAUCAAUCCCGUUCUAGUGUACAUCUUGGAAGGGAUAUUGAAGUCACAACAGAAAAGACAGAAUUGGGCACAGUUUAUGACAUCGCAUGUUCCAGAGGAAAGUGUAAAAUCAUUUUCUCAGAUGAAACUCAUGAUAAACAGGCAAGCAUUUUAGAAAUGACACCAAAGAGUCCGAAUGGUUCCAACUGCAGCAGCAGCGCAUGCUUGAUCCAGGAGACACCAGAAAGAGCCUUGAAAAGACGACAUUCUUUUAGAAGUAAUGAAGCAGAACUUUACAGCACAAAUGUCAAGGGAGCCUACUUCAACUCCAUGCAGGCAUAUCAAGCAAUCCUCCCAGCAAAUGAACCUUAUGCUCACAGUACACAAGGGAUGCAUUUUCCUACAAUUUACAAGAAAAAGAGAACAGAAAAGGGCCAUCCCACAGCAACAUCUUGUGCUAAGCCUUUUACAUGUGAAACUAACUAUCUGUCUUUGUCUCAGUGCAACAUUGGUCUUUCCCAAGCCAGUACGUCUGCAAAUGACAAAGCUAAUAAUAGAAUGCAGAAUCCCGAACUUGUACCAGCAUUUAUAGAAGCAGAGGGGUUAAGAAGAAAAAGAUCAAAAGGCAUAAGUAAAGUACGUGACUUAGCAUCACUGCUUGAAAUUUGUAAACACUUUCCUACUCCUCCUGCCAAAGAAGCAUCGAUAUCUGAAUUUGGAGAAAGAUAUUCAGAUCAGCCUAAUACAUGCAUGGAAGCCCUAGUUGCUGACACCCGUGCAAUAAUGAAAACAAAAAAGCGGUCAAAGAGAAGCAUCCUAGUCAGUUCCACAGCAUCCUAUAUGUAUGCUCAACAACAAUUCACAACAAAUGCAAGGGGUUUCCCACCAGCUAUAACAUGGAGAUCCCCAGUUGAAGAAAUUGCCGAACGCUUACAGCAUCUUGAUUUAAAUAGAGAAAGCAUCCAAGACCAAUAUCAAUAUGGGGAAAUCACCUACCAGAAUAAGUUUCAAGCAGAAAAUGCCCUUGUUAUUUAUCGAAGAGAUGGAAGUAUUGUCCCUUUUGCAGGAUCAUUCGUUAGAAGACGAAAACCGCGGCCCAAGGUUGACCUUGAUGAUGAGACCACUAGGGUAUGGAAGCUUCUGCUGCAAGAUAUAAAUAGUGAAGGCAUUGAUGGUACAGAUGAAGAUAAGGCAAAAUGGUGGGAAGAAGAACGUGGAGUGUUUCAUGGACGAGUAGACUCAUUCGUCGCACGGAUGCGUCUUGUUCAAGGAGACAGGCGAUUCUCUCCUUGGAAGGGAUCUGUUGUAGACUCUGUAGUUGGAGUUUUCCUGACGCAGAAUGUCUCGGACCACCUUUCUAGCUCGGCAUUCAUGUCGCUUGCUGCUCAGUUCCCUCUUAAGUCAAAAGCUGGUACUGAAAAGCAUGGAAAGAGAACAGGGAUCAUAAUUGAAGAACCUGAAGUGAGUGGCCUGGAGCCUGAUGAUACAAUUGGAUGGCAUGAUGAUCAAUCAAGUCAACCAACUCUUGGUCAGGAUUUCUUGAGAAUCUCCGGUGCAGAGUCAAACGAUGAAAAAACAGUAGUUAACAGCAUUGAAUCAAGUGAAAAUAGCAGUAACUGCACUAGUCCAACUGAAAAUUCCACAUCGCAGCAACCUGGUUCUUCUAGAGAAAGUUCAUGUGUGCAUCAUGAAUCAGCAAUGUAUGGAUCAGCUACAGCUAAUGCAGCAACAAGUUUUCCAGAGGAUCAAAUAGGACCAGACGAUUUGCUCUCUUCUCAGAAUUCUGUACUUUCUUCUCAAAAUUCUGUGAACUUUCCGGUUGUCAAAACUUCGGAAGGAACUGAAUCAAGCAACUUUUCUGGCUCCACAUCGUUUUUGAAGUUACUACAGAUGGCAGGAACUUCGAAAUCACAUGGAGUCCAGGAUCAGAAAAGUGAAAACAUCUUACCAGAAACAGAUGUACAUGGCCAACUACAUGUGGCAUGUUGUUCACACUUCCAGAAGGAUGAGGAGAAUCAUAAAGGCUCACUAGAAAAUGUCUGCCCUCGUAGCUAUUUGGACUCAUGUCUGAUGCCUAAUGUAGGAGAACAAGAAACCGAGUGCAAAGACGACUUGGAAGAAGCUGCAAAAUUUCCAGAUCUCUCAAGAAAACUCAGUGCACCUGGACAAAGUAAAUUAUCAGCAGAAUCUACAAAUCAAGCACUGUAUGAAGAGAUGAGGAGUGAGGCUAAAAUCUCACGCAAUCACCAUGAAAACAAGGUGGAUAUAGCAACCAUUGAUGAUUCAGUAGCCAACUUUGAGCUGCAAAUUCAAAUUGAAGAGAGCAACUACAAUAUGCAGCGAGUAGCAGAAGCACCAACAUUUUCAGAAGCCAUUGUAGAUGUCAGAGAGGAGGUCAGUGUAGUUGUCGAUUCAUGCAAGUCUGAGCACAUAGCUUUGAAGUCGAACUCAAACAAUGAAAAACGUCAUGCUGAUAGCACAUUAGGCAGAGCAAAUGACAAUCCUAAAGCAAAAAAGGAACGCCAUGGAAAAGAGAAACAGAAUGUUGACUGGGACAGUUUAAGGUUACAGGCUCAGAAUAAUGGUAAGAAAAGAGAAAGAACAGCAAACACAUUGGAUUCACUGGACUGGGAAGCAGUGAGGUGUGCAGAUGUCAAUGAGAUAGCCCAUACCAUCAGAGAACGGGGAAUGAACAAUAUGCUAGCAGAGAGAAUCAAGGAUUUCCUUAAUCGGAUUUUUAGAGAACAUGGAAGUAUUGAUCUUGAAUGGCUGAGAGACGUUCCACCAGACAAAGCAAAAGAGUAUCUAUUAAGCAUCAGGGGCUUGGGCCUGAAGAGCGUAGAGUGUGUGCGACUUUUAACACUUCACCACCUUGCUUUCCCUGUCGACACAAACGUUGGACGUAUAGCCGUUAGACUGGGAUGGGUGCCCCUGCAGCCAUUGCCAGAGUCGCUACAGUUGCAUCUUCUGGAACUGUACCCAGUGCUGGAGUCAAUUCAAAAGUACCUCUGGCCACGUCUCUGCAAGCUCGAUCAGAGAACAUUAUAUGAGUUGCAUUACCAUAUGAUCACUUUUGGAAAGGUCUUCUGUACAAAAAGCAAACCCAACUGCAAUGCAUGUCCAUUGAGAGGAGAAUGUAGACACUUCGCAAGUGCUUUUGCAAGCGCAAGGCUUGCCCUUCCAGCACCAGAAGAGAAAAGCAUUGUGAGUGCAACAGAAAACAAAGCAGCUGGCCAGAAUCCAUUCCAGAACUUCAGCCAGCUGCCGCUGCCCUUACCUCAGGCUGAUCAAACACCAUUAGAGCAUUCCAAAUUGAUCAACACCGCACCUAUUAUUGAAGUGCCAGCAACACCAGAGCCCAUUGUAGAAGAGCCUGCCUCGCCUGAGCCAGAGCAAAAAGCUCCCGAAGUUGACAUUGAAGAUGCUUACUUUGAAGAUCCUAAUGAAAUUCCUACAAUUACAUUGAAUAUGACAGAGUUCACUCAAAAUGUGAAGAAAUUUAUGGAAAACAAUAUGGAGCUUCAACAGGUAGAAAUGUCAAAAGCCUUGGUCGCUUUAACUCCAGAAGCUGCAUCGAUUCCCGUGCCUAAACUUAAGCAUAUAAGCCGGCUCAGAACUGAACAUCAAGUAUAUGAACUUUCGGAUUCUCAUCCUCUCCUAGAAGGGUUCGACAAAAGAGAACCAGAUGAUCCAUGCUCCUAUCUUCUGGCAAUAUGGACACCUGGAGAAACAGCGGAUUCUAUUCAUCCACCUGCAAUAAAGUGCAACUCCCAAGAAGCUGGUAGGCUAUGUGAUGAUGAAACAUGUUUUGCAUGCAACAGCCUACGUGAAGCACAUUCUCAAACAGUGAGAGGGACUAUUCUGAUACCAUGUCGAACGGCAAUGAGAGGAAGCUUUCCGCUCAAUGGUACAUACUUUCAAGUUAAUGAGGUGUUUGCGGACCAUGACUCCAGCCUCAACCCAAUUGACGUCCCACGAGAUUGGCUGUGGAAUCUGCCACGACGAACAGUUUACUUUGGAACCUCUAUACCAACAAUAUUUAAAGGCCAAACCACAGAAAGUAUCCAACAUUGCUUUUGGAGAGGGUUUGUUUGUGUGAGGGGUUUUGACAAGAAGACACGGGCACCAAGACCACUGAUGGCACGGUUGCAUUUUCCAGCCAGCAGAUUGAGUAAGACUAAAGGAAAGCCAGAUGAAAACUAGGGAGCAGUGUCCUACUGAAUCAGCAAGGCAGCCACCUGAGGCUGAACAAGCAGGCAACAUUCAGUAAUCAUUACCAUGAUGUUUUAAACCUUAGGAAGGAAAAGAUAGGUAUUGUCUAACUUGUAAGUAAAUUGUAGCAUGAGUAAAUGAGAUGAUAAUUGAUUACUUGUAGCUGAUACUUAGGGUGGUCAUUUCUAUUAGUGACGAUCAUCGAAUUCUUCAACAGGCUAGUGUAUCUUUAGCCAACUGAAAUUCAAAGUCAGUUGAUUUUAUACGUCUCAUUUUCUCCUCAGAGGAUAGAAAAGAGUAAUAAAAAUUGAUUCUCUUCCAUGUCAA